AUAUAUCUGCAUGCAAUGCAGCUCAUAGCACAGCAUUCCACAAGCAUCUCAGCAGCUGAGUGCCUUGCUCCUCUGCUCUGUGUAGAAGCUGCAAUUGCACUGCUGCUUCUGCUUGUAGUACGUGCUCUGCUCGCCAUGGCGUCUUCGGUUUCAGUCUUGCUGCUGCUCUGCAUGGCCGCGGUGGCGUCGGCGCAGCUGUCGCCGACGUUCUACGACACGUCGUGCCCCAACGCGCUGUCCACCAUCAAGAGCGCCGUGACGGCCGCCGUGAAAAAGGAGAACCGGAUGGGUGCCUCCUUGCUCAGGCUGCACUUCCAUGACUGCUUUGUCCAGGGGUGCGACGCGUCCGUGCUGCUGGACAGCGGAGGCGAGCAGGGGGCGAUACCCAACGCGGGGUCGCUGAGGGGCUUCAACGUCAUCGCCAACAUCAAGGCGCAGGUGGAGGCCAUCUGCAAGCAGACCGUGUCCUGCGCCGACAUCCUCGCCGUCGCCGCCCGCGACUCCGUUGUAGCGUUGGGAGGGCCCUCAUGGACGGUUCCCUUGGGGCGGAGGGACUCCACAAGCGGGAGCGCGGCCCUGGCAAACAGCGACCUGCCGCCUCCCUUCUUCAACCUCAGCGACCUCAUCGGCUCCUUCUCCAACAAGGGUUUCAGCGCAACUGAAAUGGUUGCGCUCUCUGGGGCGCACACGAUCGGGCAGGCGCAGUGCCUCAACUUCAGGGACCACAUCUACAACGACACCAACAUCAACGCGGGCUUCGCGAGCUCGCUCAAGGCCAACUGCCCCCGGCCGACCGGCAACGGCGACGGCAACCUGGCGCCGCUCGACACAUCGACGCCCUACACGUUCGACAACGCCUACUACAGCAACCUAUUGAGCCAGAAGGGGCUCCUGCACUCCGACCAGGAGCUCUUCAACGGUGGCAGCACGGACAACACCGUCAGGAACUUCGCUUCCAACAAGGCCGCCUUCAGCAGCGCCUUCGCCGCGGCCAUGGUGAAGAUGGCCAACCUCAGCCCGCUCACCGGCUCACAGGGACAGAUCAGGCUCACCUGCUCCAAAGUGAACCCAACGAGCAAAAUAAAGCAGCUGGGAAGCUACCGAUCGAUCGAGAAAGCAAGCAUAGCCAUGGCCUCUGCUUCUUUCCUUGGGUUGUUGGUGCUCGUGGCGUUGGCCUCUGGGGCGUCGGCGCAGCUGUCGCCGACGUUCUACGACACGUCGUGCCCCAACGCGCUGUCCACCAUCAGGACCGCCGUGAAUGCCGCGGUGGCGCAGGAGGCUCGCAUGGGAGCGUCCCUGCUCAGGCUGCACUUCCACGACUGCUUUGUCCAAGGCUGCGACGCGUCCGUUCUGCUGAAUGAAACGAGCGGGGAGCAGACCCAGGCGCCGAACUUUAGAUCGCUGAGGGGCUUCGGCGUCAUCGACAACAUCAAGGCGCAGAUCGAGGCCUUGUGCCCGCAGACCGUCUCCUGCGCCGACAUCCUCACCGUUGCCGCCCGCGACUCCGUCGUAGCGCUCGGGGGGCCAUCGUGGACCGUUCCACUCGGAAGAAGGGACUCUACCAUGUCGUUCCCGAACGAGGCACUUAGCGACCUCCCACCUUUUACAGAUAGCCUCCAAAACCUUAUAACAGCGUUUAGGAACAAGAACCUCGACGCAACAGACUUGGUUGCCCUCUCAGGCGCUCACACUAUCGGACAGGCGAGGUGCACGACCUUCCGGGACCACAUCACCGAGCCCAACAUCAACCCCACCUUCGCGGCGUCGCUCAGGGCCAACUGCCCCGCGACAGGCGGCGACGACAACCUGGCGCCGCUGGACGUCACGACGCCCAACAGUUUCGACAACGCCUACUUCAGCAACCUGAUGUCGCAAAGGGGUCUCCUGCACUCGGACCAGGAGCUCUUCAACAACGGCAGCACCGACAACAUCGUCAGGAACUUCGCGUCCAACGCAGCGGCGUUCAGCAGCGCCUUCGCCACGGCCAUGGUGAAGAUGGGCAACCUUCAGCCGCUGACCGGGACCAAUGGGCAGAUCAGGCGCCUCUGCUGGAGGGUCAACUCGUAAGACUACUACAGAGUCACAGACGAUGAGGGUCGUUGGCAGCGCCAGGCGUAUGCCAAUGUGCUAGCCGCAUAAACGAAUAAGGUCGUGCACGCACAACCAACAAGGAUACAUAUACAUGUGUCAAUGUGGGUCAAGUGGUGUGCACCAUGCAGCUCGCUUUCUUGUUCCACAAGGUGUAUGGAACGGAGAGAGCGCAUGCUUGGCGUGUACCUACAUAUGUAAUGAGUUCUCAUGCAAAGGCAUUGGGAGAUUAAUUAAGCGAUAUUUUUCUAGAAA